GUAGUGUUUUGUCUUCGUGAGCGUCCGCGCGUUUUCAAAAGGUAUGGCUCAUUAGACGUGCCGUACUACGUAGAGUGAUCGCAGUUGUAGUCCAGUGAUAAAUAAACAACAUGCCGGAAGAGCGAUCUGACAAUCUGAAUUUACCAAAUGAUAAAGCAAAGACUAACCUUAACAUUAUAGCGAUUGUAUCGAAGAUUGCUGACGAUAACUUGACCAUUGUGAGGAAUCUGAGCACUGGAUUAGCUAUCGUGGGCAUUGUCAUUUUAGGAAGGAGCAUCAAAUUGCUCACAAAGUUCAAUGCUGCUUCAGAAAUUCCCUCAAGGUUCAUUGAGCAGAACGUUGCUCUUCGAGGUAGAGUAUGCAGCAUUACUGACAAGGGACUGGAAGUGGAGCACAUCCCAAUUUAUGUCCCUGUCCUUUCCCCCCUGCUGAUGAAAUAUCAGGUUGGGGCUCCUCUACAGGUUCGUCUGGCCGGAGUGGAGUUGACCCCGGAGGGCUGGGACUGGCUGAGACAACAGCUGAGACCUGCGGAGACUGUGUGGCUGAAGCUAAUUAGGCAAGAGGGCGACAGCCUGGACUGCUUGGUCUCAAGAGGCCGGGGCUUUCUUUUGGGGACUAGUCUAAAUGAGCAGAUCUUGCGACAGGGCCUGGCCAGGUCCACACCGAUCCUGGGCUUGGACCACCACUCACGGGUGUACUGGAGACUCCACAAGAGACUACUGAAGGCAGAGCUCCAGGCUGAGAGAAAAGGCCAAGGGCUGUGGAGGGAGGACAGCUUCAGAGAGAGAGUCUCUGUGGCCCUCAGGGAGAACAUUGUGGUCAAAGGCGUGAAAAGGCUUCUCUCACUUACCUCCAGGACCAAAGAACAGUGAGCAGUCCACACAUUAAUAAUCAUCAGUGAAUUACGUUUACGUUGCUGGAUUAUUUUUGCUGUUUGAUUGAUCAGCUCGCACUCCGUAUAUUAACACCCUUUCUUACCCCAGACAAACACACAUGGAUACAGCUGUUACAAUGUGACUAACUAACUUUUGGUAAAAUUAUGUAUAUUUUCAUUUUCACGUAAGAUACUUCAUUGUACACAUUUGCAACAUUGUAUUGCACAUGUAAAAAUAAUGUAAAUAAAGCUUGAAUACUCAAAUUUAAA